GACAAUUCACAGCCUUGAAGGAACAAAGGAUUGGAUUACUCUGCGAGAAUUUCUUCAUAGCCUCUGAGGAGGUCGUGCAAAUCAAGCAGGUUCUGAAGGGUCCUCGCUCCUUCAAUGACGUGUGAAAUACCAAUGAAAGCUCACGUCCUCAGCCAGCCCACAAAAACCCCAUUGAGAAGAAGGCAAACAGCGAAUUGUAGCGGCGUUAUAAAGCCGAGAUGACGAGGACUGGAGACCUCAGUGGUCCUCGGGUCAGACCUCCGCGCUCCUCAGCGGGGACACUCAAGCCGCACGUCAAGCCAGCCUGCCUGCUCUCCUCGGCUCUGCUCCUAUUAAUGGUGGCAGGGGCAGCGGGGCAUCCUCAGUGUCUGGACUUCCGACCGCCCUUUAAACCCCCGUACCAUUUGGAGUUCUGCACCGAGUAUGAAAAGUUUGGCUGCUGUGAUCAGAAGCAAGACAACGGGAUCGCCGAGAGCUACUGGAAUAUCAUGGACGUCAUCGGUCUGGAGGGGCACGAUCUGUGCGGGGGCUUCGUCAAGGACAUCCUCUGCCAGGAGUGCUCCCCCUAUGCAGCCCACCUGUUUGAUGCCGAAGACCCUUACACUCCACUGAGAAAUCUCCCAGGUCUGUGCUUCAACUACUGCUCCGAGUUCCAUGUCAAAUGCCACUCAGUUGUGUCCCUCUUGACGGAUGACCAGCUCCUUCAGGAGUCCUGUGAGAAGAGUAGGCUGGAGUUCUGCCGACGUUUAGAUCUUCCCGAUCAGGACUAUUGCUUCCCUAACGUUCUUGCGAACAGGGACUUGACGCGUAACCUGGGCUCGGUGGUGGAGGACUCCAAGGGCUGCAUUCAACUGUGCCUGGUGGAAGUGGCCAACGGCCUGAGGAACCCGGUGCUGAUGCUGCACGCCGCCGAUGACACCCAUCGCAUGUUUGUGGCGGAGCAGCUCGGCUUUGUUUGGGUGUAUCUGCCUGACGGCAGUCGCUUGGAGGAGCCAUUUCUGGAUCUGAGUGGGAUAGUGUACACCACGCAGUGGAUAGGAGAUGAGCGGGGAUUUCUGGGACUUGCCUUCCACCCCAAGUACAAAUACAAUGGCAAAUUCUACAUUUAUUACUCCAUCUUGGUAAACGAGAACACGGAAAUGAUCAGAAUCAGUGAGAUGAAGGUGUCACCCUUUGACAUGAACAAAGCGGAUCCCGAAUCCGAAAGGGCGAUUCUGGAGAUUGAACAACCAGCUGCCAAUCACAAUGGAGGACAAAUCCUGUUUGGCGUAGAUGGCUACAUGUACAUCUUCACUGGAGACGGCGGGAAAUCCGGUGAUCCCUUUGGAAAGUUUGGAAAUGCUCAGAACAAAAGCACACUACUUGGGAAAGUGCUGAGGAUCGAUGUAGAUGGCACCAGUUUGGAUGGCAAACUGUACCGAAUUCCAGACAGCAACCCUUUUGUCCAUGAAAGGGAUGCCAGGCCAGAGGUGUACGCCUAUGGUGUGAGGAACAUGUGGAGAUGCUCCGUAGACAGAGGCGACCCCGUCACUCGCAAAGGGAGAGGCCGGAUUUUUUGCGGCGACGUGGGCCAGAACCGAUUUGAAGAGGUGGACAUCAUUGAGAAAGGAGGAAAUUACGGCUGGAGAGCAAAAGAAGGAUUUGAAUGCUUUGAUGUUAAACUGUGCCAGAACUCCUCUUUAGGUGACAUUCUUCCAAUUUUUGCCUACAGCCACUUAACAGGCAAAUCAGUGACCGGAGGCUACGUGUAUCGUGGCUGCGAAAACCCAAAUCUAAAUGGUUACUACAUUUUUGGAGACUUCAUGAAUGGUCGACUUAUGGCAUUGCAGGAAGAUAAGCAGAAUCAAGUUUGGAAAGAAAGGCAAAUCUGCAUGGGUGAGACAGCGACCUGCGCGUUCCCCAGGAUGAUCAAUCAUCACCACAAAUUUAUCAUCUCCUUUGCAGAAGAUGAAGCAGGAGAAUUGUACUUCUUGGCAACUUCCUAUCCCAGCUCUCAUUCUCCAUUCGGGACAGUUUACAAGUUUAUUGACCCUUCAAGGAGGGCACCACCUGGCAAAUGCAAGCAUAAGCCGCUUCCUGUGAAAGUGAAGGGGAAACGAGUUCCAUUUGUACCUCAAGCAUUGACUGUCCUGGAGUCAAACGACAAUCUACCUACCAGGUCUGCUCCCAAGAAAAUGAAAACCACCACAAGGUCACCUCAUGCAGCCACAACACGUAGCACGGCAAGACCGACCACCAGCUGGCCAACUUUGACUACGAUGAAACAGCCGACCUCUCGGACAGUCACGAAUACAAAGGAAUCUCUAACAUCUGAAAAACCUAAUGUGAAACUCACUAUGACUACAGAGCGUCAACCUAAGCUAUCAUCUAAAAGACCUAAUAUGAAACUCACUACUACUACUACAGAACUUCCACGUCAGCUAACAUCUAAAAGACCUAGUGUGAAACCCACAACUGCUACACGACCUCCACGUCAGCUAACAUCUGCCAGAUCUAAUGUGAAAUUCACUACUGCUAAGGAAACUCCACAUCAGCUAACAUCUAAAACACCUAGUAUGAAAAUCACUACGACUACAGAACUUCCACGUCAGCUAACAUUCGCCGAGCAAAUUGUGAAGCUCGCUACUUCUACAGAACCUCCACGACAGCUAACAUCUAAAAGACUUAAUGUAAAAACAAAACCAGUGUCUAAGUCGACUAAAGUGAAGUUGGCCGAUUUAGGGACAAAGGUGGAAUCCAAGUCUAAGACAGAAAUCCAACAGCAAAAGCGUCAGAAAACGGUGUGUGUGACAACUGCCAAAAAAUCGAAGGAUAAACGCAAAUCUACAACUACACAAAGGCUGGUGAGCUCCACCGUUAGACCUCAGGGGACUCCGGGUUUCUACCACUUUCCACCAAGUAAAACGGCAGGUAGACCUCACGGAGCUUCAAAGAAGGAGAAGAAUGCAAAGGACAAGAUACUCAAAGAUGGUGCUGGCUCCAAUACCAAGAAACUGUCCAAGGAGAAAGCAAAGCAAAAGGGCCGACCUUCGAAAGACGUGCGUCCCACGUGUGAGAAGAAGAAAGCAAAGUCAAGAGUCUGCCAGUGACGGAAUUAGAUGUUAGCAUUUUGUUGAGCUUGAAUCAGGUGGCCAAACUGAGCCAAACGCCAAUGUUUAGGCAUCUUUAUAAUUCCAAGCUAUAAAUAUUUUAAAAGUUUUAA